UUUCGGCUCUCUCUAUCGCUCGCAAGCUGUAGAGAUAUUCCACGCCUCUCUCUAUCUCUCUCUCUCUCUCUCUCUCUCUCUCUUUCGCUAUAUAUAUAUCACUCUGAAAAAAUAGGAAAAACCCAGAAGAAGAAGAAAAAAACAAAAAAAAAAAAGGGGAAAAGCCAUUGAUUUUCAGGAGGACCCAAAAGGAAAAAAAAAAAAAAAAACAGAGAACGAAAUCAGAAGAAAAAAAGAUGGGGUACUCUCAUCAGGGUUUACUAUGGGGGUGCUCUGUGUUUAUGGCUGUUCUAGUACUUGUUUCUGGGUCAUCUAGUAAGUUUCCAAUCAUAGCUUUCGAUGAAGGCUAUACUCAACUUUUUGGUGAUGAUAAUCUCAUGGUCCUUAGAGAUGGAAAAUCCGUUCAUCUUACUUUAAACGAACGGACAGGUUCUGGAUUUGUGUCUCAGGACCUUUAUCUUCAUGGCUUUUUCAGUGCUUCGAUUAAGUUACCUUCUGAUUACACUGCUGGAGUUGUGGUUGCUUUCUAUAUGUCAAACGGUGACAUGUUUGAGAAGAACCAUGACGAAAUCGAUUUUGAGUUUUUGGGUAAUAUAAGGGGCAAAGAAUGGAGGAUUCAGACCAAUGUUUAUGGAAAUGGAAGCACCAAUGUUGGCAGAGAAGAGCGAUACAAUAUUGGGUUUGAUCCUUCUGAAGAUUACCAUCAGUACAGUAUCCUGUGGACUGAUUCUAAUAUCAUAUUCUAUGUUGACAAUGUUCCCAUUAGAGAGGUUAAGAGAACAGAGUCUAUGGGUGGAGAUUUCCCUUCUAAGCCAAUGACAUUGUAUGCCACAAUAUGGGAUGGAUCAGAUUGGGCUACCAAUGGCGGAAAAUACAGGGCGAAUUACAAAUAUGCCCCUUUCAUCGCGGAGUUUUCUGACCUCGUCCUCCAUGGUUGUGCAGUUGAUCCCAUUGAACAGUUUUCGAAAUGUGAUGACACACACAAUUCUGAAUCAAUCCCUACUGGUAUCACUUCAACACAAAGAACCAAAAUGGAGAGCUUCAGGAUGAAGCACAUGACAUACUCCUAUUGCUACGACCAAGUUCGAUACAAAGUUCCUCCUCCUGAGUGUGUGGUUAAUCCUCAAGAAGCCAAAAGACUCCGAGUUCGAAAUCCUGUCAUCUUUGGCAAAGAGCGGCGCCACCAUGGCAAACAUCACCACAGGAGCAGCAGCAGCAGGGUAAGCCAGGCAGAGGCCACCAUUUGAGAAUGAAAUAAGAGUGUUCAUUUUGUUAUGUGUAUCGACAUUGUUGCCAUAUCCGUUCGCGUUGAAUUUCAUUUAGCAGGGGUCAGUUUUUAUUUUUAUUUUUAUUUUUAUAAUUUUUGUGUAUAGAGAGAAGAAAGAAUAGAUUUAUUGAGGGUGAUUAGAGAGGUUCAUAUCAUCUGUUCAUGGUGGAAGAGGAAGGGUGUGUGUGUGUAUAGUUCAUACCUUAGCUUCCUCUGUCAUUUUAUCAUUCAUGUUGUUCCAUGUUGUCUUUUGGCCAUUUUACAAAUUGAAUUCAGUGAUGAUUUCUGUAUUUUGAAAAAACACCCUCAUGGGUUCAAUAAAAUAUAUCAGCCUAUGGAGUUGCAAUA